CAGACCUACACCAACAGACAAAUGGCCUCCAGCAACAGUAUCUUAUCUGAGGAUCAGUUUCUUUGUCCCAUCUGCCUGGAUAUGUUCAAUAAGCCAGUUUCCACCCCAUGUGGACACAACUUCUGCUUGUCCUGUAUCAUGCGCUACUGGAGUGACAAGGCAGUCUGCAAGUGUCCGUUCUGUCAGGAAACUUAUGAAAGGAGACCGGACCUCAAGGUCAACACUUUUAUUUCAGAGCUUGCAUCGCAGUUCAAGUCCCUUCGGGUGGUAAACACUCACAUCUGGAGCGCACACCAACAGCAGGCCAGCCGUGGUGGUGCGGUGCUGUGUGAUCUUUGUACCGACACCCAGCAAGAGGCUGUCAAAUCCUGUCUGGAGUGUCUGACUUCUUACUGCGACGUUCAUCUAGAGCCUCAUCACAGAGCUGCCGGACUGAAGAGACACACGCUUUUUGACCCCUUGGCGAGUCUCGAGGACAGGAUCUGCAAGCAGCACAGCAGACUCCUGAUGAUGUUCUGUACAAACGACAAGGCUUUGCUGUGUGACGUCUGCGCCACUUUGCACCACUCGAACCACAACGUUGUUCCUGUGCAGCGGGCGUACAAAGAGAUUAAGGCUCAGCUGGGUGACGCAGAGGCCAAAGUGCAGCAGAUGAUCCAGGAAAGACUGCAGACGGUCCAAACCAUGAAGGAGUCAGCAAAACAAAGCAAGACAGAAACCAAAGACGUGAUAGCAAACGGCAUGAAGGAUUUGACGGCACUGGUCUCUGAGAUUCACAAGAGCCAGGCGGAGCUUGUAAAGGUGAUGGAGGAGAAGCAAAAAGCGGCUGAAGAACAAGCUGAUGGGCUCAUUAACAGCAUGGAGCGGGAGAUCGCCGAGCUGCAGAGAACCACCCUGAAAAUGAGGGAGCUGAAACAGACUGAAGACCAGAUUUAUUUCCUCCAGAGCUUCCCAAACUGCUCCUUCCCACCACACACAAUGGACUUGUCCACGUUCAGUUUUAACAGACACGUGGAGAUUCAGCACAUAAGGAAAUCUUUGAGCAAAUCAGUGUCUCAGCUGCGAAUGUUGCUGAAUAAAAUGAACACAGAAAUAAAAGCAAUCUCUAACGGCACACAUGUGUCAAACAAUACUACGUUGGAAUAUGCGCAGCAGUUUGAAGCGGACGUUUUGCUCGAUCCUGACACGGCUCACGCUCUGCUUAUUUUAUCCGAUGACAGGAAGCAGGUAAAAUACUGCAUAGGUUCAGGUUUGUGGACAAUACAGAGCCUUAAGCCGAACAUGUUUACUGAACAUCUUGCAGUUCUGGGACAUAGAAGCUUCUCACAGAGCUUUUACUUUGAGGUGUUCGUGGGUGAAAAGACUGAAUGGUGUCUGGGCGUGGCCAAGGCGUCGGUCCAGAGGAGAGGGGCAUUGGUUCGGGGUCCUCAUUGUGGACUCUGGGCCAUCUGGUUCCUUGAAGAUAAGUUCGAAACCUUCAGCUCUCCAAACCUGCCGGUACACUUUGGAAAAGUAGAGAGGGUGGGCGUGUUUGUGGAUUUUGAAGGAGGGAAAAUUUCUUUCUUUGACGUACAGACCGCAUCACUUAUUUACUCAUUUACGGAGUGUUUCUUUACUGAAGAGCUGUAUCCAUACAUGAAUCCAUGUGAUAAUGAAUAUGGUUCCAACUUGGAUUCCAUGAUAAUUGUUCCUGUUAGUCGUACAGAGUGAACAGAGGCUUCAGAGACUCAUUGAUUUGAGGCUUAUUUAGUUAAAUGCAACUGAUGUGUUUGCAAAAAAAAACAACUGACAUUCAGAGAAGAAUUUUGGUACAGCAGCUUUUUAUAAGCACAAAAUAUGUGAAGCAUUUAAUUGAGAUGAACCAUCUCACUGUGCCUCAAAUCCAAUCUGUAACUAUGAAAUUGAAUUUAUAGAGGAAAAGAAAAUAUUUCAUUACUUAUGUUUAAGACAAUGCAAGUGGAAGUUGGAGGUGGAGUUAAAUGUAAAUGUAGAAAGGAGAAAUUGGUAGAGAUAGUACAAUAAGAGAGUAGAAAGUGUACAGAGUUAUCAGUUAGAUUAUCACUAUUUGAUUAAAUAAGGUUGGAAAUAAUAGGAAGGAAGGAAUAGGUAUGACGUUAGAACAAAUGUAGUGGACAUAAAUAUGGGCCAAUAAAUUAUCAAAAUACACCAACACACCUGUGUAAAGGUGAACCCAGCACGUACAAACAUAUUUGGUAACUAGAGGUUGUUUCGGCAAAAGAAACAUCAUAAAAUGCUUAAACCACGAGGGGACAAUCUGGAGGUCACAACACAGAGAGCACCAUUGUCCAAAAUUACAGACUAUGACCUGAGGGCUCUGGGCACUAUGUAGCGUUAGACGGCUCUCUGGUUGACUUUGUGAGCGCUUUAUCUUUGUGUGACUUUGCUCAAGGAAAUAGCGCACAAUGCAAAGCAGUGUGAGGUUAAAGUAGAUUAUAGUGUAAUUCCCCAUCGGAAAAAAGGACACUUUGUUUUAAGUACAAACACACAUGUGGGGCUGAAUCUAAUUUGUGGUUCCCAUUGGUCCUUGAAAUCCCUGAAAGUUUGUUCAUUUGGGGAAAUAAAAACAAAGGCUUUGAACGUUUUUGAAAAGAGACAUAAAUAGACAUAGGUCAUUGAGAAUGCUUAAAUUUAAAUGUUUUGUGCAUGAAUAGAAACGUUCUUUAUAACGAAAUAAAAAAGGAGUUACUUAGUUCUUUCAAUUGUAAAUAAGUCUGUACGCUCAACUUACACCAUGUUAUUUUGCUGUGCUUUGUUAGAGAAGGCAAGAGACCACAGGACACUGUAACACAGCACAUUCAAGCCUUUCUCUCUUUAAUCGUUGUUUGUGAGCGUCUGCAAAGCCUGAAAUGGAAUCACUUUCAUUCUUGAAGGGUCACAGAAGAGGCUCCAGAUUGGUAAUGUCUGGAUCAGGGGAGCAAUGAAAAUAUGGUCAAUCGUACGAAAUUAAUGAAAACUGUCAAACUCCAUUUGUAUGGCCACUGAAAUAGCAAAAACCCCAGAUGUUUUAACAUCUGUAAUGGAAACAGGUUUCAACAAAUGGACAAUCAAUAUUAAUAUAUGUUGCACAAGUGUUCAGUGGACAAACCAUUAAGUCAUUCGAAACUAAAGUAACUAAUAGCCCAACAUGGAGGGAUUUUGAUUGGAAGGUGAAAAUGCGGUAUUUUAAUACAGUCACUUAAAAAUACAGCAAAACAUCUGAACUAUGUUAGAGGGUUUGGUGCGGGAUGUCACACAUAUAUUAUGGAUUUCUGGAAGAAUGUCCAAAAGGAUUUUAAACAGGUUUUGGGCAUUUACUCUAUUUUAGAGCACUUUUCAUACUGGUUAAACUUAAACCUGAUAAUGUCAAGCAUAAAAAUUUGAUUUCUUUAUUGAGAAUUCUGCUUUUAAUAGACCGUAUACAAUGGAGAGACGGGGUUAACAUGUCUUUAUCGUGGAGAAAAUCACAGUGCUAUUACAGUUGAAAGAGGAUAGGUUGGCUGAAGGACCAUUAAUACAGAUAAUGCCUUAUCUUUAAUCACCUCUUUUUUACUUUUAUUUAUUUAAUCCUUUUUAUAUUUAUUUGUAUUGUUCCUAGUAGGCCUACACUUGUUUUUUUCUCAAAGUAUUUUUUGCUUAUACUACAGUUGUUCUAUUGUUAAGUCACUGGUGGUAUGAGUGGUGUGAUAUUUUAUAUGUGCUUCUCAUGUUUAUGUACCAUAAAAAUGAUUACCAGUGAAGACAAACUAUUUCAUAAGAAUGUUCAGAAUAGACAUGAUUAGAAAAUAUGAAGAAAAAUAUUUAAAAUAAGUCUCAUUGUUUAUCCAUCUGCUCCAAAGUGUAUGUUCUAUGUGUGGUGAAUCAGUUAAAGAAGGUGUGGGAACCCUGCUAAUAGAAAUCCUUUGUCUAUAAAAUAUCAGAAAAUAGCACAAAUUGCCGGUCAAAUAUUCCCAGAUCAGAAAGUAGGAUAUUUAAAGCUUGUUGUGUCCGAUCAAUGGCCCAAAAUCUAUCACAGACGUCAAAGAAGAGCAGCAAAUCAUCACAUCUGAGAAGCUAGAAAAAGCAGAUGUCGGGUUGUUUGAAAAGAGACUCCAGCAAUUAAUCAAUUAUCAAAAUCAAUUAUCAAAAUGGCUGCUGUUAUAUUAAAAAAAUAUAUUACUCUGAAUACUUUAUGACAGAACAGCUGCUAUUUGCAGCAUGAAGUCAUAGUUAAUGUGGAUGAUAUAUUUUUAAUUCCUACACUAUAUUUCAUCAUCAAACAUAUUUGUCAUUUAAAUCAUGUAAGUCAUG